AUGCUACUCAUUUUGGACGAUAAAGAUAAACCAAAAUCUCCAGAAGAGUAUGACACAUUUGUGAGAGCCGAGAUACCUGAUAGAGAUGAAGAAUCACGGUUAUACGAUGUUGUUUUCAAGCAUAUGAUCCAUAAUCCGUGUGGUGAAGGUCGUCAAAAUUCUUCUUGCAUGGAAAAUGGGGUUUGUAAACGUAAAUUUGCUAAACCCUUUGCAGAAAACACAGUCCAAGGCAAGAACUCAUAUCCUAUUUAUCGUCGUCGUGGUGAUCGUCCGCCAGUGCCUUUACAUGAGAAUAGUGCAACCUUCAUUGAUAAUGAGAUCUAUAGUAGCAUCAAGAGUGUCAAAUAUUUGUACAAGUAUGUGCAUAAGGGUGUAGAUCGUGUUUCAAUGGAAGUUCGAGCAGGGGCUGAAUACAAUGAGAUUCAAAAAUAUGUGGAUGCUAGGUGGGUAUGUGCACCUGAAGCCUUAUGGAGGAUAUAUCAGUUCCCCAUUACUCGAAUGUGUCCAUCUGUUGAUCGAUUACAACUACAUUUGCAAGAUAGGCAAAUGGUUAGAUUAAGUACAAAUCAAUCUAUUGAAGACAUCCUUCAAAUGCCACAAAACUCUCGAACUAUGCUCACAGAGUUCUUCAAGAUGAAUUCCUUAGAUCCAGAGGCAAAAACAUACCUAUAUAGAGAAUUUCCUCAACGUUAUCGAUGGCUGACGGCUACAAAAACAUGGAGAAAAAGGAUGAGUACACAAAGAGUGAUAAAUAGAAUCUAUACAGCCUCACCAAUGGAAGGAGAAAGACUUUUUCUUACAGAAGCAGCUAAAAAACUAGGUCUUAUGGAGAAUGAUGCAAGCAUUCGUGAUUGUUUGCAUGAAGCAUCAAACUCUAAAAUGUCAAAAUCAUUAAGUAGAUUGUUUAUCAUGUUGUUCGUUUAUUGUCUACCAACUAGGGUACGAUCUCUAUGGGAUGAAUUUUAUCAUUACAUGGGUGAAGACUACUUAUAUUCAACUUCAACAAAUCCAUAUCUGGUACGUGAUUCAGUUCUCUAUGACAUCGAUUGCAUGUUAAAACAAUUAGGAAAGAGUGUCAAUGACUUCGACUUACCUAAAAUAAACAUGCGGUUGGAUGGAAAAGUACAAGUAGCUAGAGCCAUACAUGAUGAAUUAUCAGCACCAGUGCCCCCUGAAGAUGUGCAUUGUGCUGAGCAUCUUAAUAACAACCAACAGUCUUCAUUUGAUAUUAUUAUGGAAGCUAUUGCUGUAAAGAAUGGUCGAAUUUUCUUUAUAGAUGGUCUAGGUGGGACAGGUAAGACAUAUCUAUAUCAAGCCAUACUUGCAACAGUCAAGCUUAGAGGGAAACAUGGAUUACCAGUAGCCAGCUCAGGUAUUUCUGCCACACUAUUGCAUCGAGGAAAAACCGCUCAUAAAACUCUUGGUAUUUCGGUUACGUUGCAUGCUUCGUCAACUUGGAAGUUUAUAGAACAAGAUGUAGAGGCGCAAUUGGUCAAGUAUGCAGCUGUCAUAAUAUGGGAUGAAGCAACAAUGACUCAUCGACAUGCGUAUGAAGCAAUUGAUCAUAGUUUAAGAGAUCUAACAGGGGUUGAUGUUCCAUUUGGCGGCAAGGUCGUAGUGUUUAGUGGAGAUUUUAGACAAAUUUUACCCAUUGUACCAAAAGGAACAAAGGCUCAAACUAUAGAUGCGUGUUUGGUCAGGUCAACACUAUGGAGACAUGUUCAGCUACUUCAUCUCACUCAAAAUAUGAGAUCAAUACAUGAUCCAGAAUUUGCAGCCUUUCUUUUAAGAGUUGGAGAUGGAUGUGAGCCUACAGUUAAUGAAGACAUGAUAAAGUUACCAUCUUCAAUAUGUGUAGGAAAUGGUGAUCAAAUUUCAGUUGAUAAUCUAAUCCAUCAAAUAUUCCCAAACCUAACUAAGCACGUAGGUGAUGUGUCAUACAUGGUGCAAAGAGUUAUUAUAACUCCAACAAAUGACGAAGUUGACAUGCUGAAUGAGAAGAUACUUAAAGAGUUUGUGGGAGAAGAAAAAACCUAUUACUCAUGUGACUCUGUUCCAGAAGAUCGUCAAAAUCUCUAUCAACAGGAGUUCUUGAAUUCAUUAUCCUUUGGUGGUUUGCCACCACAUAUUCUUAAGUUGAAAGUUGGCUCGCCAAUCAUGCUUUCGAAAAAUAUUAAUACAAGUAGUGGAUUGUGUAAUGGAACAAGGUUAAUAUGUAGUCGGUUAAGGAUCCAUGUGAUUGAAGCUGAAAUUUUGACCGGAAGUCAUAAAGGGACACAAGUGUUCAUUCCACAUAUGCCUUUAAAAACAGCAGAAGAUGUGAAGUUGCCAUUUGAAAUGAUCCGAAAACUAUUUCCUGUGAAAUUGUGUUUUGCUUUGACCAUAAGCAAAUCGCAAGGGCAAACCAUUCCUCAUGUUGGUAUAUAUCUCCCCCAACAUGUUUUCAACCAUGGACAGUUAUAUGUUGCACUAUCAAGAGGGACCUCACAAGAAACAACUAGAGUUUUGGUUAGCAAAAGAGAUACUCGAGGUAGAUGUGGUGUAUUUACAAAAAAUGUAGUUUACAAAGAAGUCCUCCUGCCUCAUUUGCCACAACCCUAA